CCCAUCCCGGAAGUGACACCAUCACUUGACAACCAUAGCUCAGUGGUUGACGACGGGGCCUGAAGCUGUGUGACAACAACGGCUUUUGGACUGUCAUAUGUUGACUUUCAAAACAUAAUUGGACCUUGUUUGGAUUCAUAUGUAAGACAGGUCAGACAAAUGAAGUGACAAGCAGGAUAUGUCCUCGUUCCAGGUGGUGGGCUCUUCGCCCACCAGUGGCAUUGGUGUCAUGGAAACAUCAAACUUUGCUCAUGUUAUCUUCCAGAAUGUUAGGAAGAGCUUCCUGCCCCAGGAGGCACUGGAGUGUCGCUACACCCUCACCUCCUACAUCACCCCCAACCCCAAAGACUGGGUGGGCAUCUUUAAGGUGGGUUGGAACACAGCGAGGGAUUACUACACCUUCCUGUGGUCUCCUAUGCCGGAAAACUACCAACCUGGAAGCACUGUACACAGGGCUGUGGUGUUCCAAGGGCACUAUGUUCCCAAGAGUGACGGGGAGUUCUAUCAGCUCUGUUACGUCACGCACAUGGGUGACAUCAGAGGCGCCAGCACGCCUUUCCUGUUUCGCCCAGCCACGCCCACCGAGGACUGUCUCACCGUUACCGAGGACGACAACAACUCAGACAUACUGGUGGUGACCACCAAGAGCAGUCUGGAGCAGCGUGUAGAGGAGGCGCAGCAGGAGCGCAGGGAGCUGUUGAAGAGAUUACAUCACCUUCAGAAGGAGAAACAGCAGCUGCAGGAGGAGCACAGGAGGCUGCACAGAGAGAGGGAGCAGGAGAGGGAGACCUGCUACCUUCUACGCACGCACAACCAGGAGCUGCUGCGCUCCUCCCAGGGCCUGUCAGAGGAGAGGGAGGAGGUGAGGAGGAGGCUGCAGGAGGCCACAGACCGGGUCAGACAGCUGGAGGAGGACCUACUGGGAGUCACACAGAGAGGACUGCAGAAAGAGACCGAACUGGACUGUCUGAGAGACAGGUUGAAGAAGCUGACAGCAGAAAGAGACCGUCUGGAGACUCAACUGAAGAACGACAAGGACGAGAGGGACCUCUACAAGGGCCACCUGCGCAGCACGGAGCUGGAGAACGACAAGGACGAGAGGGACCUCUACAUGGGCCACCUGCGCAGCACGGAGCUGGAGAACACUAAGCUGAGUGCAGAGCUGCAGAUGCUGAAGGCUGUGGAGCUCAACAGAGAGGUGACCAUCGCUCAGUUCCAGGAAGAACUGGACAGGCUCCGAGCCUGCGUCACUCAGAAAGACCACCUGGAGAAAGAGCUGCACACACACGCUGUAGACAAGGCUGAGAUGGGUCGUCUGAGGGAGCAGCUUCGCCAGUGUGAGGAGCAGCUCCAGGCCUCUCGCCAGCAGGCCGCCAGGUUGGCGUCGGAACUCCGUGACUCAGCGAAUGCCCGCGAUCGCACCAUGACCGAGCUGUACCGCGCCCGCCUAGAGGCCGAUGCCCUCCGUGCCAGCCUGGCCGAUGCCCAGGCCGAAUGCCGGAGGAUGGAGACGCAGCUGGACCACAUGAGGACCACCUCCCAGCAGGAAGUGGGUGUGGGGACCUCCAGUGAGGGGGGGUGUGUGGUGUCUGAGGCGGAGGCUGAGCUACAGAGAGAAGUGGAGGAGCUGAAGCUGCGUCUCCACAUGGCCGCUGAGCACUACAAGGAGAAGUACAGGGAGUGUCAGCGACUCCGCAGGCAGGUGGCCAAGAUCAGCGAGGCCCAGGGGGAGGCCAAGAGAAACGCUGCCACUGAGACGACACAGGAGCCACUGACACCCAGUCCAGAGUCACCUACAGCAGGCAAUCUAUCUGCAACUGUGCUGAGAGGAGACAGUGAGAGGCCGGUAGUCCCUAACCGGCGUGAUAAAAACAGGGAACACACACAUACCUACGCACAGACCGACGCACAGACCAACACACACACCAACACAUUCUCCGGCAUGGAGACCAUGAGAGCUGGGGAGAAAGAGUGGAAGGGGCGGAAUAGGGAAGAGAUGGAAAGAGAAGUGAGUGGAGAGGAGGAAGGGAAAGAAGAUGGGAGUGUGGAAGAGGAGAGGAAGGAGGACAUGAGUGAAGGAGAGGAGAGGAAGGAGGACAGGAGUGAAGGAGAGGAGAGGAAGGAGGACAGGAGUGGAGGAGAGGAGAGCAUGAAGAUGGAGAGUUGGGUGGAUGUGGAGAAUGAGAGGAAGAGUGCUGAAGAGUUGGAUGAGAGGAGUGUGGAGGAUGAGGGGAAGAGUGCGGAGGAGGUAGAGAAAGAACAGACUCGUUCGGUGGAGGAGGAGCUGGCGAGGAUGGAGGAGAAGUGGGCGGAGCAGUGUGCUAUCAACGAGACGCUUAAGCAGAGACUGGCCAAUGAGGAGGAGCGAUUCAGGAUCCAGAUGGUAGAGAGGGCCAUGGAGGUGACAGAGCUGAAGGAGAGUCUGGCUCAGGCCCUCAGAGAGAAGAAUCAACUCAAGGAGGAGCUGCAGCAGUGUCAGGGCCGACAGAGGGAGCAGGAGGCUGAUGGUCAGGUGUCAGAGGUCAAACAGCCUGUGUUGCUGCGCUACCCACUUCCCUACCCCCAGGACCCCUCCCCACCCCCCCUGGUACCCCAGAGACCUGCAGAGCUGCAGUACGGGAACCCCUACUCCACCGACAACACUCGAGACGGGGCAGACGGCGCCCUGUCCCCAGAGCAGAUGCUCCGCCCCCCUCCUGAGGCCCCUGGUGCAUGCGCCCCUCCGGCCACCUCCCCGACCCCGUGUGCAGGUGCAGACUGGGAGAGAGAUGUGGUCUGCAUCCAGCCCUCCUCCUCACGAAGCUUGAGCCCCCCUGACGGACUGGAACACUCCCCCGAGGAGCCACGCAAUGUCGGUGAUGGGGAGCAGCCUGCCUGCAAUCAUCAGACCAGCAGCAGACUUACCGCCAACAGGGGCAGCUUCUGUUUCGACCCCAGUGGUGAGGUUCACAAGCGCUGUCCGUUGUGCGAGGUGAUCUUCCCGCCCCACUUUGAGCAGCGUAGCUUUGAGCAGCACGUGGAGAGCCACUGGAAGGUGUGUCCUGUGUGCUCUGAGCAGUUCCCCCUCCACUGCCAUCAGCAGCUCUUCCAGAAGCACGUGCUCACACACUUUGACGGCCAUGUGCUAAACUUCACCAACAUGGAGUAGCAGGGCAGAUGGGGGAGUGUGUGUGAAAGGGACGGUUUGGAUUAAGGGAUGUAAAGAAGAAUAAAGGAACCUUUACUCAAAUGGGGGUCGAGAUGAUUUCAUUCAAGAAGGGAGAUUCCAAAUCAAGAUGAGAGAAAUCAUUGGGGGUAAAUUGCACUUUGUUGUAAAUUGAAAUGGAAUUAACUCCAGCCUUGGCCUCACAUACUUCCACGAGAACAUGCUACCUUUUAACAACAUCAAGGAGUGUGUGUAUGACUUUCUACAAGGGGGAGUUUGUCAGUUUAGGGAAAUUACAACAACAAAAAAUGUUUUGCGUGAGGUUUCGGAGCCUUGGAGCUCUUUGGUUUUGUCCCAUGUUGAUAUCAUCACUGGAUGUGUUUAGUAUCUGUAGGAAUCAUCUGCGUUAAUCAGCCAGUCAAUAGUACCUACUUUACAAGUUUCUACUCCCAGAGUCACUCUGUAGAAACAGGUGACAUCCAGGGAUGUGAGGGAGAGUAGGAGCACGUUGCCCCUAGACACUAAUGGUCAGUUUUGCAUUUCCCCUCUAAUGGUUAAGGUUAGGAUUUGGUUUACCUGAACCUAUAUCUGUGGAAACUUCUACCGUGGAGAGGGGGGGGGGGGGGGGGGUUAGGGGUUAGGAUCUUGGGAGGAGAUAUGUGGUCUUGAAGCACCUCCAGCCCAAUGUAAUGUAAAGUAUGAGUCAAACUCGUCAGCAAAAUGUUUUAACCGUCUGCAAAAUCAGACGGUUAAAAAAUAAUUAGUACAAUUGUUUGAAUUUGAUUGCACUAAAAAUACUUUAUUAUUCUGAAUGUAUAUUUGUGUGUAUAACUGGGUGGUUCAAGCCCUGAAUGCUGAUUGGCUGACAGCUGUGCUAUAUUAGACCGUAUACCACAGGUAUGACAAAACAACUAUUUUUACUGCGUUGAUAACCAGUUUAUAACAGCAAUAAGCCACCUCAGGGGAUUGUGAUAUAUGACCAAUAUACCACGGCUAAGGGCUGUGUCCAGGCACUCCACGUUGCGUAUAAAGAACUGCCCUUAGUCGUGGAAUAUUGGCCAUAUACCACACCCCCUUGGGCCUUAUUGCUGAAAUAAAAAAUAUAUAUAUAUGAGAAGUAGAACUAUUUCAAUUGCUGUUGUGACAAUGUACUCCCACAUGUUUUAGUCAUGACAGAUUGAUGUUUUACUUCCUGGUCUCCAUUCAUUGGAUAGGCUGACAUUCCGCUUCAGUUGAUUGGAGGGAAGGUAACUGGAAAUAUGAACGCUAUAGAAAACUACUGUGCUAUGGACUCUUUCACCGUGUUAAGAUUCUAACAAUUGCCUCCUUUGUUUGGGUCAAAGUAAGUUUCUUGUGCGCGUGUCUCUGAUUCCUGUCAUCUACUGUCAGUCUGAGAUUUUACUGCUCUUUCAAUGUGACCACAGUGCUGUACUUUUGGCUUCAAAAGUUGCUCACGUGUGUCUGUCAUGUCCAAAUGCGGCUCUUUGAAAGUGUGUGUGUGUGUAGGUUUGUAUGUGAGCAUUAAAAAUAAAGUACGCUUGUCAAAUGGA